CAAAUUAAUUUUUUGAUAACAACGAUUAGCGUUGUGGCACCUUGGUAACGCCGACGUGGCGCCGCAGGGCUAACAGGUAGUAGAUAGUAAAUACCUAACCUAACAAGUGCAGUAGUCCGUCACAAGACCUCAAGCCCCACGUGUGAUUUACAGGCACAUCAGUACUGCACAGACAUAAGCUUAAAAGGUAUUAUAUCUGUGAAAGAGAUGGAUUCUGCACAAAAGCUUGUUCUGAAAUCUAAUAAAUGUAAACCUGAACAUUUCAAAAACAGUUCUCACAAGGAUAGAAUGUUUGAAGUACUUCAUUCUUCACGUAACCAGGAUGACAAUUUUUGUGAUAUUAAGUUACAAACAGAUGACGGUACUAUAGUAUUUGGACAUAAAAAUAUAUUGGCAUCAGCUACCCCUUACUUCAAGGCUAUGUUUUCUAAUUUUGCCGAAAGCAAUAAAGAUCUUGUUAAUAUAGGAGAAAUAGAUUCCACCAUUUUACAACUAUUGAUAGACUACAUUUAUACAGGAGAAAUCAUGAUCACUCGAGAAAAUGUACAGGUUGUGUUAUCAGCUGCAGAUCUUUUUCAGCUUGACUAUGUAAAACAAGUAUGCAUUGACUUUUUACAAAAUCAUAUGAAUCCUUCAAAUUGUUUUGCAAUUAAAGUAUUUGCUGACUUACAUAACUGUAAAGAACUGGUGUCAAGCUGUGAAGCAUAUAUUAAAAAACAUUUUUUAGAAGUGGUUGAACAUGAUGAGUUUCUAUCUUUUUCAUCUGAAGAAGUGAUUAAGUUAAUUUCCUGUAAUGAUAUUAAUGUUCCAUUUGAGGAAAAAGUAUUUGAAUGUGUCAUUAAGUGGGUAAAACAUGAAUUGUAUCAUAGAAAAGAAUUUUUACCCAAUCUAAUGGAACAUGUGCGUUUGCCAUUAAUUUCUAAAGAGUAUUUCUCAGAGAAAGUAAUUGUUGAGCCUCUUCUUAAUAAAUAUCCUAAAUGCAAAGCUUAUGUAUUUGAAGCAUUUCGUAUUUCUUUAAUUAAGUCAACAAAUCCUUCCUCUAUUCCACAAACAAUUUGGAGUAAACCUAGAUUACAACAACAAGUUAUUCUAGUGUUAGGUAGGUGUACAUCAGCAGAAACGAGUAUUACAUAUUGGUAUGAGCCAGCAACCAACUUAAUAUGUUAUGCACCGAAAAUGAUUGAAUCCCGUAAUUAUGCUGGGUUGUGCGUUGUAAAAGAUCAUUUUGUAUUUGCUAUUGGUGGAGUUAAAUUAUAUGGGUGUAGUGGGUAUACAAGCAACUCGAUAAUUUCUGUUGAAAUGCUGGAUGUAUCUUCAUCAUCAUUAUGUUGGGUUUCCAAGGCUGAUAUGUUAGUUAAUCGAAAUUGCUUUGGAAUUGGAGUAUUAAAUAAUUGUAUAUAUGCUAUUGGUGGACUAGAUAGAGGAAAUUCUGUAAAUAGUGUAGAGGUUUUUAACCUUGGUACUGAACAAUGGAAAAUGGUAUCUAGUAUGUCUAAUGAGAGAUAUUUUUUUGGUGUUGGAGUACUCAAUGGCCUGAUAUAUGCAGUAGGAGGUUAUAAUGGUUCAUCAAUUUUGAAAUCCGUGGAAUGUUAUGAUCCCAGUCUUGACAAAUGGAACCCAGUUGCUGAAAUGUCAAUUAGUCGAUAUAAUGUUAGUGUAGAAGUUUUGGACGGUGUAAUGUAUGCUGUUGGUGGAUAUAAUGGAUUCAAUUAUGUUAAAAGUGUUGAAGCCUAUAAUCCAAGUAUUGGAGUUUGGUCGUCUAUUGCCGAUAUGCAUUUGUGUCGAGAAAAUCCUGGAGUAGUGGCAUUUGGUGGUUUUUUGUUUGUUAUUGGUGGAAAUAGCGGAUUUACUUGUUUGAAUUCUGUUGAAAUCUAUAAUCCCACAACCAAUUCCUGGUCAAUGAAAACAAUAUCAAUAGGUAAUCAAAUUUAUGGAGCUGUGGUAGUUGAUAGGCCACUACAUUUACAAACUAAUUACAGAACACAUUUUGUGAUGUUGUGGAUACCGAGGUCUUUAAUUUGGGGUACUUGUGUUAGUGGUAAACUGUAUCAUACUCGUAUUUCAAAAGGUAUUAUGUCCGUGGAAAAGAAAAAUACAAUACAAAAUCUGAAAUCCGAAAAAAAUGAACCAGUACGAUAUAAAAAUAAUUUGCACAUGGAUAAGGUAUUUCAACUACUUCAACUAUUUCGCAAUAAUACAUUUUUAUGUGAUAUUAAGUUACAAACAGAUGACGGUACUAUAAUAUUUGGACAUAAACUUAUUUUUGCAACUGCUAGUCCAUAUUUUCGUGCAAUGUUCAAUUGUUUUAAAGAAAGCAAUGAAGAUCAUGUUAAUAUGAGAGACUUAGAUUCCAAAGUCUUACAACUCUUAGUAGAUUAUAUGUAUACUGGCGAAAUCGUGGUCACCGAAAAAAAUGUGCAGGUUGUAUUAUCAGCAGCAGAUCUCUUACAGUUAGACUAUGUAAAAAGAUCAUGUGUUAUAUUUUUACAAAAACAACUAAGUCCCUCAAAUUGUCUGGAUAUUGAAGAAUUUGCUGACUUAUGCAAUUGUACGGAAUUGCUGUCAAUAUCUGAAGCAUUUAUUAAACAACAGUUUUUAGAUGUGGUUAAAUAUGACGAGUUUCUAUCUUUAUCAAUCGAUAAAAUGAUUAAGUUAAUCUCUUGCAAUGACAUUGUUGCUCCGCUCGAAGAAAAAGUGUUUGAAUGCGUCAUUAAAUGGGUAAAACAUGAAUUUAAUCUAAGAAAAGGGUUUUUACCUGAUCUAAUGGAACAUGUGCGUUUACCAUUAAUUUCGAAAGAGUAUUUAUUAGAAAAAGUAGUUGAUGAACCUCUUCUUAAAAAUAAUCCUCAAUGUAAAGAUUAUGUAUUUGAAGCAUUACAUUUUAAUCUAAUUAAGUCAAUAAAUCCUUCCUCCAUUCCACAAACGAUUCGGAAUAAGCCUAGACAGUUCACUAGGUUACAACAACAAGUUAUUCUAGUGUUAAGUUGGUCUGACUCGGCAAAGAAGAGUAUUAUAAAUUGGUAUGACUCAGCAACCAAUCGAUUACAUUUUGCACCGGAAUUAAUUGAAUCCCGUGGUUUAGCUGGAUUAUGCGCUGUAAAAGAUCAAUUUGUGUUUGCUAUGGGUGGUGUUCAGUCAUAUGAUAGGCGUCAAUUCAAUUCUAGAUGUUCUAUCGAAAUGCUAGAUGUAUCUUCAUCAUCACUUCGUUGGGUUUCCAAAGUUAGGUCAUUAGUUAUUAGAAAAUCUUUUGGAAUUGGAAUAUUAGAUAAUUGUAUAUAUGCUAUUGGUGGACUAGAUAAUAAUGGCUAUUCAAUAAAUAGUGUAGAGGUUUUUAACCUCGGUACUGAACAAUGGAAAUUGGUAUCUAGUAUGUCUAAUGAGAGAUGUUAUUUUGGUGUUGGAGUACUCAAUGACCUGAUAUAUGCAGUAGGAGGUUAUAAUGGUUCGUCAUUUUUUAAAUCUGUUGAAUGUUAUGAUCCCAGUCUUGACAAAUGGAACCCAGUUGCAGAAAUGUCAAUUUGCCGAUUUAAUGUUAGUGUAGGAGUUUUGGACGGUGUAAUGUAUGCUAUUGGUGGAAAUAAUGGAUCAAUAUCUCUUAAAAGUGUUGAAGCUUACAAACCAAGCGCUGGAUGGUAUUCUAUUGCCGAUAUGCAUUUGUGUAGAGAAAAUCCUGGAGUAGCGGCGUUGGAUGGUUUAUUGUACGUUAUUGGUGGAAUGUGCAGAUCUGCUGUUUUGAGUUCCGUUGAAAUUUAUAAUCCCAGAACCAAUUCCUGGUCCAUAAAACAAAUAUCAAUAAGUCAUGAAAUUUAUGGAGCUGUAGUAGUUAAUAGGCCACUACAUUUACAAACUAAUUAGUAGAAAAAAAUAUGUUUGUCAGUGUUUUUAACUUUAUUCAUUUUUGUUUUGUGUAUGACACAUGAUAAUAUAUAAAUUAUUAGUGUUCCAA